UAUCAGAAUGUUCUUUUGGAGGGGUUUUAAUGAUUAGGUGCAUACCUGUGGAUGGUGUCAUGUUUCGGUGACCACGGAUAUCAUGUGAUCCCAUAAUAUCACCCCUCCAUCAUUCCCCGGAAAUCUAGAAGGAUCCUCAUGUAUGCGACGAAGCUUCCGCUGGAAUUGGUGAUGAUCAUCAUGGGGUUCGCAGACUACAGACCACGGCACACCCUGGAAGUCCCGCAUGAUCCUCUCCAUCCUACUAACCGCAAGGCGCUGGAUCAGUACCUGCAACAUUGCUGGCAGAUUAUUGUGUGGUGUGAUAUGAUGAUGAGGGGUCUUCGAUUGGGCCCUUGGUGGGCUUUUGAAGUUGAGGAUCAGGUCUCCCUGCUCUGGUAUAGGUAGCAGUGCCGGUUCGGCACAAAGGAACCCAAGAGAAGCUAUUUGCGGAGAUGGUUUUCUUCCAUGGUAAUCCGGAUGACUUUC